GCGAUAACAGUGCCACCGGAUUGAUGACAAACGCCAUAGGUCUGCGCGUCAUACAUUUUACCGUUCUCGGAUCAGCUGCCAUGGAGAUCUCUCAGCACAGUAACCUCACAGAUUUCACCAAGGAUUAACAGGAAAGUGAUAGAUUAUGGAAUCCGAUCCAUGAAGAAGCUGUUACAAACAACAUCGGAUACAUUUACUGCAUUUCAGCAAUCACCAGUUACAAGUGAAUUACGUCCAUGUGGCUGGAGAGGAGAUAGCAGGAGCGGUCAGCCAUGGCUCUGAUUAAACUUCAGAAUGUGGAGGACUUUUAUGAAAUUGGAGAUAUGUUGGGCAGUGGACACUAUGGGCAGGUGCGGCUGGUGCGUGAGCUCUCGUCGGGCACCAGCUUCGCGGGCAAGUUCCUGAAGCUGCGGCGGAGCGCGAGCAGCCGGCUGGGCCUGGAGAGGAAGAGCGUGGAGCAGGAGGUGGAGAUCCUGCAGGCGCUGCAGCACUCCAGCAUCAUGGCGCUGCGCGACGUGUUCGAGAGCAAGGCCGAGGUGGUGCUCAUCGUGGAGCUGAUCAACGGAGGCGAGCUGUUUGAUUUCAUCGCUGAGAAGGAGAACCUUUCCGAGAACGAGGCGAUCGAGUUUAUGAAGCAGAUUCUAAAAGGUGUUGGGUUCAUGCACAGUAAACACAUUGCCCAUUUUGACCUCAAGCCAGAGAACAUCAUGCUUUUGGAGAAGGAGCAGGAACACCCUCACAUCAAGAUCAUAGAUUUUGGCCUUGCCCAUCGGUUCACCCCAGGGGAGGUGUACAAGAGCCUAUGUGGAACCCCACAAUAUAUAGGACCCGAGGUGAUCAACUUUGAGCCCUUGAGCACAGCAGCGGAUAUGUGGAGCCUUGGAGUGGUAACAUACAUUUUACUGAGUGGCAUGUCGCCUUUCCAAGGGGAUACUGACGAGGAGACACUAAGAAACAUAGUGGCGAUGAACUAUGAGUUUGAAGAACAGUACUUCAGUGAGACUAGUGCCAUGGCCAAAGAGUUUAUAGAGAAGCUGCUGGUCAGGGACCCAAGUGAGAGAAUGACCUCAGAUGAAUGUCUACUCCACCCCUGGAUCAAGCCUCUGACAAGGAAGCAGGCAGCCAAUAGGAGUCGUUCCUCUAUCAACAUGAAAAAUUUCAAGAAAUUCAACGCUAGGCGGAAAUGGAAGAUGUCAUAUAACAUGGUGUGGGCUUGCAAUAGACUUUGCCGCUUGCAGUUACUGUGCAAGUCAAGUGCUAAAGCUGAUGAAGAGUUGAGGGGGUGUGAGAGCGACCAGGAGGAUACAGAGACCAAGCCAGCAUCGCUAAUCCGACGUCGGCUGAGCAGCAACUCCUAAGGAUGGCCACUUGAGGGAGCCACAUGAUCUUAUAGACUAACCUUGUCUAACAGAGACUAGAUGUCUGGAUGGGAUAUCUGUGUUCACUGCGGCAAGUUCACAGGCUACAUUUUGACAGUGAUAAUUCUGUUUUUCAAUAGAGCAUAGCACUCUCGUUCACACUGAAGUUAUGGUAACCGUGUAAAUGUUGAGUUCAGUUGUGAGAUAAGAAGGAGGUUCCAUUGUUGUGCUUCUAAUUUCUGCACUGUAUUUUGGAGCACAGAGAGAUAAGUUAUUGGGUUGAGGAAUUUCACUCUGUAAAUCAACCAUAGCAGUAUUUCUGAUAGUUUGCAGGCUCUUGUUCUGCCGCUCACUGUUUCUAUCUCUCUCUUUCUAUCUCUUUCUCUCUCUCUCUUUCUCUCUUUAACACACACAGACACACACACACACACAGAGACUGUGCAAACUAUUUUAGGAGUUACUUGAAGUUAUUCCUCUUGAUAAAUGUAUUUUGUACAAGCGGAGAAGCACGCCCUUGGCAACAGCAUGGGCUUUUAAGUGAAAGCUGUUUACAUAGUUUUUGUUUUUUCUCAUACUCUCUACCUCGGUUAAAUGACAGCCUAAUGCAUCAAACCAAAGUUGAGAGUUCAGAGAGGUUUUUUAUACAAUGCAGCAUGUUUGCCCCUUGCAACAAAUAUGACUGCUUUACAAGGGCCUAAAUGAAAGUACUUAUUAAGCUGUAUCUUGUCAUUUCAAAUUUUGUUUGGAAAAAUAACCCUUCUUUGUGAGAUGUUUUUAUUAUAAUUAAAACAAACAACAAACAUUUGAA